AUGGAACUUGAUAAAGAUAAUUUACAAGAUCCAUUAGAAUUACCUUCAUCAAAUUUAAAAUCUGCUUUUAAUCGACAAUUGUAUAUAUCACCAAAUACAGAUAUUUCAUUAUCUAUACUUUGUUAUGAUGGAGUUUUAUGUUAUUUAUCAAAUAUUAUGGGUCAAGGUUCAUUAUUUGAAAUUGAAGAUAAUUUAAAAAGAUAUUUUUCAUUAGAAGAUAUUAAUCAAGCAUAUUUUAAUUUACAAAAUUGUUUAAAUUAUUGUUUAUCAACAUUAGAUUCUACUAAAGAUAAUUUUAUUUAUAAUAUUUUACAACAAUGUUCAAUUGAUUUAAUUAAUUCAUCAUCAUCAUUAUUAUUAGUUAUGGAAACUAUAUAUAAAAAUCAUUUAUUUUCAUAUUUACCAUUAUUUGUUUCAAAUGAUUGGCUUCAUAUGAUACGUAGUGUACAAAAUAUUGAACAACUUGAUAUGGCAUCAACAUCUAUAAUUGAUCUUCAACGACAAUUAUCAAAUUUAAAAGAUCAUUUAACACCAUUACAAGAAUUUGUUAGUGAUAUUGAUGAUAAUUCAUCAAUAAUACAAUCAUUACCAUCAACACCAAAUAAUCAAUGUUGUUUACGUACAUAUUGUAAUCAUAAUACAUCAAUAUUUCAUUCAACAACAUCUACUGAUUCACGAUCAUCAUCAUGGGCUUCAUUAAAUAUUGAAACUAAUCCAAUGACAACUAUAACUGGUUUUAUUCGAAAUCCAGUAACAAAUUUUAUGAUGCCAACAACAUCAUCUAUAUCCGAUCAAGAAUCAUCAAUACAUUCAAUAGAUAGUAAUAUAAGUAGUGAGGAUGAUCAAGAACCAUUAUCAAAAUUUUUCAAUCGAAGUUUAUCUUAUCAAUCAUCAAUACAAAAAACAGGUUCAAUACUUGUUAAACGUGAUGAUACUUUAUGGGUAUAUCCAGCUGCUGUUAUACAACCUAAAAUAAAUAGACUUUUUUCAUCUGUUCAUGAAGAUACAGAUGAAUAUGAAGUUCAUCCAACGCGUUUACGUUCGAAUAGUUGUGAUACUGAUUUUCGUAAUAAAAAAAUAUUAGAUCAAUUAUUGAAUAGAAAACUUAGAAAACCGAAAAAGUUUUUGAUCAAAUCAACAAAAGUUGAAGCUGACGAAACACCUUGGUUUCCACGUCGAAUCAAUGAUCUAGAUCAAUGUUCAAAUAAAGUUCUUUUAUAUGGAGCAGAUCUUGAUGCUGAUCAUCCAGGUUUUACAGAUAAAGUUUAUCGAGCUCGUCGUAUGUAUUUUCAUGAUUUGGCUAUAGCAUAUAAACAUGGAGAUCCAAUUCCACGUGUAGAAUAUACAAAAGAAGAAACUGAAACAUGGGGUGCAGUAUUUCGAAAUUUAAAUAAAUUAUAUCCAACACAUGCUUGUAAUGAAUAUUUGGCUAAUUGGCCAUUAUUAAGAGAAAAAUGUGGUUUUCGUGAAGAUAAUAUUCCACAAUUAGAAGAUAUAUCACGUUUUCUUCGUGAACGUACAGGUUUUACAUUACGUCCUGUUGCUGGUUAUUUAUCACCAAGAGAUUUUUUAUAUGGUCUAGCAUUUCGUGUAUUUCAUUGUACACAAUAUAUUCGACAUUCAUCAAAUCCAUCAUAUACACCUGAACCAGAUUGUUGUCAUGAAUUAUUUGGCCAUGUUCCACUCUUAGCUGAUCCUAAUUUUGCUCAAUUUUCACAUGAAAUUGGUUUAGCUGCCAUUGGCGCUUCAGAAGAGGAUGUCAAUCGAUUGGCCACGUGUUAUUUUUUUACAAUUGAAUUUGGUCUAUGUCGUCAAAAUGAUGGUCUUCGUGCAUAUGGUGCUGGUUUACUUUCAUCAUGUGCUGAAUUGCAACAUGCAUUAAGUGAUCAAGCAAAAAAACUUCCAUUUGAUCCUGAUGUUGUAUGUAAAACAAAAUGUUUAAUAACAACAUAUCAAGAUCAAUAUUUUGUUUCGGCUAGUUUUAUUGAUGCAAAAGAAAAAAUGAGGCAAUUUGCUUUAUCAAUCAAACGUCCUUUUGCAGUACGUUAUAAUCCAUAUAAUCAAAGUAUUGAAAUUGUUUCAAAUACUCAACAUGUUGCACAAAUAAUAUCUGAUCUUAAAGGUGACAUGUGUAUUAUAUUUGAUGCAUUAAAAAAGCUUGAAAAUAGUAUUACACAUGACAAAUAA